AUGAGACUCAACGCGAUGAGCGUCUUUUCUUUAUUCAGCAUUUUCCUUGCCGUAAGCCAUGCUGAGCAAUGGAACUCGAACUACGGCCACUCAAUCAGUCACGCCCAAGCCAUAUGUCACCAGCUUCAUAAGCAAAUACCCUCUCGAGUCGCCUUCGACAACACGACCAACAAUGGGAAGCUUGCUGCUGCUUACCAAGAAGCCACUCAACGAUACAACAACGCAGCUAACGCGGACGACGUCCCUGCAUGCGUGCUCUUUCCCAGUUGUGCGUCCGAUGUCUCUGCCGCGUUCAAGCUCCUGCAUGACGCACCGGAUGUUCCUUUUGCUCUCAAAUCGGGAGGACACGACUGGAAUAGGGGUACGAGCUCCACGAACGGCGGCGUUUUGAUCUACUUCCGACCAUAUCUGAACUACACAACACCAAGUCAUGACGGGCUCAGCGCUGAGAUUGGUCCUGGAGCAAGAUGGCAAGAAGUCAUACCGCCUUUGGAGGCGAUCAAUCGAACGGUUGUGGGAGGAAGGUACGGAGAUGUGGGCGUAGGAGGGUACAUCUCGAGAGGUGGUAUCAGUUACCUGAGUUCGCAAUAUGGACUUGCAUCAGAUAGUGCCAUCGGCUUCGAAAUCGUUCUUGCAAACGGUGACAUUGUCAUCGCCAACAAAACCAGCCACCCAGAUCUCUUCUGGGGCAUGCGUGGCGGCAGCGCGCUGUUCGGUGCCAUCACCAAGGUCAUCUUGCAAACCCACCCUCUGGGUAUGAUCUAUGCAGGAACACGUACCUAUUACUCCAACCAAACCGAGAGCGUCCUGGGAGCAGCAUGGGACUUCCUGGCAGGCUUCAAAGAUCCCAAAGCGGCGAUUACUCUCACGUUCAUCCAGGCGGGUUACAUCUUCGGCCUCAAUGGUACUUCCAGUUGGAGAAUCGACUUCUUCUAUGACGGAACAGAUCCUGGCCAGGUCUUCGACUCAUUCCAUUCAAUCCCCUCUGUACCCACUGACGCAGGGGUCACUGAUCCGGUCGGAAUCACACAAUACUCCAAGAUCUUGAAUACCAUCGACGUCCCCAACUUCUCGAACCGCUCGGCUGGUUUCGUGUCUUCGUAUCCCAACCUGCCCAAGAAGCAGAUGGUACCAUUCUUGCAAGAGCAUCUUGAGCGGACUCUCAACAUGACCUCGAUCCUCAACAACGAGAGAGAGUUGGCGUUCUUCGAGAUGGCCUUCCAGACCAUACCUGUUGCUUUCCACCAAGCAAGCUAUGAGCGUGGCCCAGCGGCAAAUACCCUCGACCCUGCCGCCGGCGAUGCUUGGUGGCUUGACUACACACUUGCGUGGGCCAAUCCAAAAGACGAUGUCCGAUACACGCAAGCGUUGAAAGGCGUGGUUGACAAUGGCCCUCUCAUGAUGCAGGCUCGAUACCCAGACCUGAAGCCUACCAACUACCAGGGCGCAGUGAGUAACGAAACACAGCAGCUAGUGGGUUAUGGUCCAUUGUUGGCGACAGAUGCUGGUGUAGGACAGAACGUCUUCUUGAGCUACGGGGAUGAGAGAUACGAGCGUCUGAAAGCGAUCCAGCAGCGGUAUGAUCCUCGGGGGCUCUUCUACACGCAGACUAUUCCAUUGGACAAUCUAGCAGAGUAG